UAAAAGAGUGUGCGGUGAAGACGCCGCCGCUAUACCGUUUCCGCUCGCCAGGCUCGGCCAUAGCGUCCCGACCACCGGCAAAGAAGGACGCGAGCGGAACCUCUUCCGCUGGAGCCCACAGUGACUAGUUCAACAAAAGAUACGAGAUGAGGUCGUUAUUCUUAUUAGCGGCGUUGUGCUGCUUAGUGUUGUCGGCGUACGGAAGUCCCAUCGUGCGACCAGAGGAGGUUGCUGAGCCUGCAAAGGAAGUAGGCCGACAAGCAGCUGCUGCUGCACCAGCCGCAUCUUCAGACGAUGACGACGACGAUGAUGAUGACGAUGUAGACCUUGAUGAUGCCUUAUCUGAUGAUGAUGACGACGAGGAAGAGGAUGAUGAAGAGAGUGACGAUGAUGAUGACGACGACUACCUCGAAAGGUUCUUUGAUGACAUCUUAGGAGGAGGUGAGGACGACGAUGACGAUGAUGAACCAUCAGCCGUCCAGCCCGUCGUAGCACCGGCCGACACUGUUGCGGCUGCUCCUGCGGCUCCUGCCGCCGCAGCGGCUCCUGCAGAGGAAGUAGCAGCUGCGUCUGAGGAAGUUGCCAGUGAAAGUGAUGUUGAUGCCGCCGCUGAGGAAAUCGAACCUGAAGCUGGACAAAAAGAGCCCGCUAGUGCCGAAGUAGAGAGUGCUGCCGCAGCCGCCAGUUCUGACGACGCAGUUGCCGCUGACGCGGAUGCGGAGGAGGACGAUGAUGAAGAGGACGACAUUGCGGACGCGCUCGACCCUGAGGACGACGAGGACGAUGACGAGGACGACGAGGAGGACGACGAUGACGAUGACGAUGACGACAUCACAGACGCGCUCGGCAGAAAUAUCUCCGUCAAGCACUCACGUGCCCUCACUGAAACGCCGAUAAAAAGGACGCCCGUACCAGCGGUGUACAUAGUCAAAUACAAUCGAUUCAUUGACAACAUUCUCGAGAAGAUGAACGAUGUCUUGCGCCGUUCAUACGAUCCGGUCAGUGUCAAGUUACAGCCCAUUGAUGCUAACAAGAAGAUCACAAAACCAAAGAAAAAUAAGACAAAAUCAAACAAGAGGAAAAAUUCACACAAGAAGAAGAAUAGUGCUAGAGGCACCGUCAACAAAUCAAAAGACCCCAUUGCUGUCACGGCAGUACCAGAGAAAAAUAAUGAAAAAGUCAAGGAAGAAAACGCAGUCAAGGAAGAAAAACCCACCCUCCCAAUGACCGAGGAGAAACCAUCAGAGCAAGUUCUAAACGUCGCGUCUGAAUCUAGAGCGCUGAAAGAGAAAGUGACUGAAAGUGGAAAAGCUAAGCCAACUAGUACCAGACCUAAAGCACCUACAAAACCCACUAAACCUAAGCCUAAACCGCCCGUAAAAACCACAACAAAGAAACCUGUUACGAAACCGAGUAAAGUAAAAACUACAAGUGUAAAGAGCAAGCCCAGAGCUAAAGGCACUUUGUAUGGCCUAUCGUCAUUGAGAAGAGUUGGUGACGUAGCUGUGAAUAUUAUGAGUGAUCAUACUACUGUGAAGAGCAAUUUUGCUGUUGGUCCGUUAAUAUUAAGAGUUGAAAAGGAGGUUGGACGUGGAGCUAAAAAGGAAAUCAAAUCGGCAACUGCAACUACAGCGGAAAUGACAGGAAAGAUCAGUUUGAGGGUGAACAACCAAGGAGUCGCUUCGUUACAUGCUAUCAAGGUUCUCCAACCUAAGCAGGUUCGCGUGGACAGCAACCAUGAACGCACCCGUGAGUUAGUAUGGCGACGUAGCGCGAGAAUCGCCCAUGUCGUUUCUGAGAAAUUGCUAUCGGCGUCCAAACCCAUGUUCCAUCAACAAAUAGUCGAAAGGCAAUAAAUAGUUCUUAUUGUUCAAUUGGUGCAUUUGAACUAUAAUUCCAUUAGGAUGUGUAAUUAAUUCCUGUGGCACAAUAUUCUCCAUUUAAAAACCAAUGGAUGAUGGAUUUAAGCUUAAAAGUUCAAAGAGCUGUAUUAUAUAAACAAUUACUAAACUGACAACAUUCUCGUAAUCAAUAGGUUUAUUUUUAUAUUUUUACAUACCAAGAAAGAUUUUUUUAGACGU